AUGGUGAGUCAAGGCCACACCCCCUUCAAGACUAUGGCAGCACAAAGAAAGAAACGGCCCUCAGUCCCCAGCAGCUCUGGAUUGCCCAGCUACGGGAGCGGUUGUGGCAAGGAAGGAGCAGAGGGUGCUAAGAAUCUCUGGGCUAGGACAGGCUCCUUAAAGGAUGUGACCAUCUGUACAUAUAAUGUACGUUCCCUUUUAGGAGAGGAUAGGCUAUGUGAGCUGGAAAAAGAACUAGGCAACAUCACAUGGGACAUAGUCGGAUUGUGUGAGGUUAGACGCCGCGGGGAACAUCUACAACAUCUGCUGUACACAAGGGGAAAGGAGAAAAGUAGCAUAGGAGGCCAUACUGAUGAAGAGGUUGAUAUGGUCUAUGAGGAAAUUGCUAAACUACUUGAUGAGGACAAAGCAAACUUUACUAUAGUUAUGGGAGAUUUCAAUGCUAAAGUUGGUAAAAUGGAAGAUAAUAGCGAGGUGAUGCUAGGAAAAUUUGGCACUAGGAAUGAUAGGGGAGAUCGUCUACUGGAAUUUGCUUUAAGCAGAGGUCUUGAGGUAAUGACCUCUUUCUUCAAGAAAAAGGAACAUCGAAAAUGGACAUGGCAAAGCCCAAAUGGCACCACUAGGAACGAAAUCGAUUUCAUUCUAACAAACAGACCGGACAUCGUAAAAGACGUUUCCGUGCUAAACCGCUUCAAUACUGGAAGUGACCACAGCAAGGUCCAUGUUGACACACCAAUCAUUGCUCAAGAUACAGAUGAGGACAUACCACCGGUAGGAGUAGACGAGGUUGCUAAAGCCCUGCAAGCAAUGAAGCGUGGUAAAGCACCAGGUAGUGAUGAGGUGCUGGUGGAUGUCCUUAAAGAUGGAGGUGAUGUCAUCCUGGAACAGCUGGCCAAGCUGUUUACACUCUGUUUAGUAAAAACACAAACACCAGACAGCUGGAACAAUGCAAUCAUAAUCCUCAUCCACACGAAACUGAGGAUACACAAAGGAUAUUAA